CCGGCCACGCCUCCACCUCCCCUCAUCCUCACCACUCACCCCAAGGACGAGCUCACCCCCACGGUUGCGCCACCUCCAUCCACCUUCUUUGACCUGUCCUGUGUCAAGGCCGGCCAGGUAGCUCUCCAAUGCUUCCUCGGCUGCGGCAACGCCAUGGGGCUCGAGUUCGAGGAUGACUGCAACCGCUACCUUCGCCUCGACAACACCACCCCCGAGCUCCACCUCGCAUCGCCUCUCUACGUCAUCUUCGACUUCUCCCACCGCCAACUCGACACCAUUGUCGUCGCUGCUCUACUCCAGGCUACUCUUGGUGGUAGUGCUGCCGACUUUUUCGUUGCCAUGUGCUCCCCUCUCACCUUCCGUUUCCACGUCGCAUCCCCACGCAUCGCGGAGAUCAUCCUCGACCAGUCCAAGGUCUGCCACCGCAACUUCGCCUUCGCUAGAACCCUGCCACCUCUCCCACCACCACCUCCGACCUCGGCUUCCUGCAUGUCACUUGCCCGCCUGCUCCAAAUUCCUGAUGACCUGGGGCUCCGGUUUGAAUCUGUGGCCUGGUCACAGCUCCGAUCACACGUCACCAUCGAUUCCGACCGUCAACCACACGGAUGUCGCAUGUAUGCGCGUGUCAUCCAAUUCCCGUUCACCCUCAACGCAACAGACAUGGCUCUCAUUCUCGCUCCCCUGUUCGGAGGAUGCUACCACCACUUCAACACCACUGAUGAUGGCGACUCAUGCUUCUCCUUCACCAUCGCAUCACCUGCUGUUGCCACGCUGAUAGCCUCCAUGGGUGACUUCCGCAAGCGGGGCAUGCUGAUCCGCUUCCCCUGGCCCCUGCGCAUGGGCGCUGCCCGACGCCCUCUUUCUGAUGAUGCCAUGUCUCCGUCGUAUGGAUCCAUGACUCCCUCGUCGUCGCCGGUCGUCUCUGCUUCACUGCCAUCAGUGUCCCUGUCUCUCGACCUGCCUAAGGUGAGGCGAAAACGGCCUGGUUUUAGCUUUUUUACCGUAUGCUUAAUGUUAAUUGCUUUAACCAGACACCACCUCAUGUGCACUACACUCAUCACUCGCAUCCCUUUUGGAUUACCUUCCUCCCAAUUAGUGUUAGGCCAAAUGAAAUGCUAA